AUGGAAACGUCAAAGGCCAACGUGGGAGAUCAUCAAGAUGGAUAUGAUGGAUCAGUGGCGUGGGAUUGUUCAAUGUAUAUGUCAACAAACCGUUUCUUCUUCCAACACCAGGCUUCUAAAAUCCCGCGCGCCCGGCUCUUAGGAUGCUGCCUAAGAUUACGCUCUAACCGACCGUCUGUGAUGGAAGUAAUACCCCAAGGUGGUAGGAUAAUGAAACACCAGAGCAGCAGAAUCCACUGUAGAAGAAACGUAUCGAAAUCGAAGAGCUUGAAGAGCGCGUAUAGCAGGAAGAACAACCACCUUCAGGCGGUCAACAGAAGAAACAAAAUAAACGGUUUGAGCAAGAGCUUGGUGCCGUUGAAAGACGGCUCAGGAAAAGUGGGGCAAGUGGAGAACAUCAAGAAGAUUGACAGGAGCGGCGUAGGAGAAGGGGGCGAGAAAGAGGAGAGGGAUGUUUGUUUCGGAGCGUUCACCAGGCUACACGUCGAUGUUUUCACGGUAUGA